AUGGUGUCUCAGGUCAUUAAUGUUACUCUCCCGGCCCUUCCUCAGGGCUGGAGUGCCGAGAAGGAUUUCACGGCCGUUGGCACUCCGUCUGCCACCACACAGAGAAACCUGGAGCCCGUCGGCCCUCACUUCUUGGCCCAUGCUCGCAGAAAGCGUCACCACCGUACUUUCUCCGAGGACGAAAGAAUCCAGGCCCAGCAGACCGUCAAGAAGACUGAGGAUGAUGACGAUGACGAGAUCUCCGAGCCUGAGGACCCCAUGAUGCUGUCCAGAGAUGCUAAGGACUGGAAGGCCCAAGAUCACUACGCUGUCCUCGGUCUGACCAAGUACCGCUGGCGUGCUACCCCCGAGCAGAUCAAGCGCGCCCACCGCAAGAAGGUCCUCCGCCACCACCCCGACAAGAAGGCUGCCCUGGGAGACCGCGACGAGAACGACAACUUCUUCAAGUGUAUCCAGAAGGCCCACGAGUUGCUGACUGACCCCGUCAAGCGUCGUCAGUUCGACUCCGUCGAUGAGGCGGCUGAUGUUGACCCCCCAUCCAAGAAGGAUAUUGCCAAGCGCGGUUUCUACAAGGCCUGGGGCCCUGUCUUUGAGGCUGAAGGCCGUUUCUCCAAGGUCCAGCCUGUCCCUCAGCUCGGUGACGAGAACAGCACUCAGGAGGAGGUCGAAACCUUCUACAACUUCUGGUACAACUUUGACAGUUGGCGUACAUUUGAGUACCUGGAUGAGGACGUUCCCGAUGACAAUGAGAAUCGUGACCAGAAGCGUCACGUUGAGAAGAAGAACGCCAACGCCCGCCGCAAGCGCAAGUCCGAGGAUAUCGCCCGUCUGCGUCACCUAGUUGACGACUGCCUUGCUCAGGAUGAGAGAAUCAAGAAGUUCCGGCAGCAGGCCCGGGCUGGCAAGGACAAGAAGCGUCUCGAGAAGGAGGCCGAGGCCAAGCGUCUGGCUGAGGAGAAGGAGAAGGCUCGUCUCGAGGAGGAGCAGCGCAAGAAGGACGCUGAAGAGGCCGCCAAGGCCGAGCGUGAAAAGAACAAGAAGGCCAAGGAAGCUGCCAAGAACGCUUCUAAGAAGAACAAGCGUAUUCUCAAGGGCUCUGUCAAGGAUGUCAACUACUUUGCCGAGUCUGGCGAGCCUUCUGCCGCUCAGGUCGACUCUGUCCUGACUGAUGUCGACCUCGUCAUGGGCAAGAUCGAUAGUGAGGAGCUCGCCGCUCUGGCCGAGCGCCUCACUGCUGCUGGCAAGGACGCCGCCGCCGUCAAGGGCGUGUGGGCCGAGGAGGUUAAGAGACUGGUCGACGCCGGCAAGCUCAAGGACGGCGAGGCCAAGUUUUUCGCUUAG